GAUGAUGGGACUGUGAGGGUUCCUUCAUAAACAAGCUGCAGGGAGUGGAGGGUAGUUAGUUAGAUAGAAGUAGCGCAAACAGCUUUAAACUGUUAGUAAGUUAGAAAAAUGUCUCGCAGAAGGUUGGGUGAUUUAGGCCGAGCUCUGUGGCGGAAGAGCCGCAGCGAGCCCGUGUCUGCAGGCUUUAAAAUCCCCGCUCUCUCCUGCGGCGGGUUUGCAGGGACUGGGGAGAAUAAGUGCUGCAAGGAGGGCAAAAACAACAGCCGAGCCCCGAACAACGUGGCAGCCACCGCGAGCUCCCUGCCCGGGGCUGCGGGGCACAGGCACCACGCCGCCGGGAAGCUGAGAGGAGAGGAGUCGCUGAAAAAGUCCGGCAGGGCUUUCUCCUCCACCGCCCCUCAGAUCGACCACAAAACUUACCUGUGGGCCAGAUAUAACGAGAUGAAGCGACUGGUGCACGAUUUGAUCCCUCCUGGAGUCUGCAACCUCCUCAACCCCUCCACAAUCUAUGCCAACAACGAGGUGAACCUGGAUGAGGUGGACAUUUACGGCUUUGACUACGAUUACACUCUGGCUAUGUACUCCAACUCUCUGAAUGAAAUGAUCUACAAUAAAGCACGGCAGUUUCUCAUAGAGCACUACAAGUAUCCACAAGGUAUCAACAAAUACAGCUACAUCCCCAAUUUUGCAGCUCGUGGUCUUCAUUACGAUAUCCAAAAGGGACUUCUGAUGAAAAUAGAUGCCUUUCAUUAUAUCCAGAUGGGCACAGUAUAUAGGGGUCUGAAUCCUGUUCCUGAUGAGGAGGUCAUGCAGUUGUAUGGAGGUUCCAACCACGUCCCUCUCCACCAAGUCAGCGGCUUCUACGGCAAGGGUCCCAAGAUGAAACAGUUCAUGGAUGUGUUUUCCAUCCCGGAGAUGACUCUGUUGGCUUGUGCUAAUGACUACUUCAUCUCUAAUGACAUUGAAUACGACCCUGUGCAUCUCUACAAAGAUGUGUCUGAUGCUAUUGCAAUGGUACACAUCAAGGGAUACAUGUACAAGUGGAUCAUGGCAGACCUAGAGAAGUAUAUCCUGAGAGGAGACGAGACGUACGCCGUGCUGCAUCGGCUGGCCAGCCACGGAAAGAAGCUCUUCCUGAUUACCAACAGCCCCUUCAGCUUUGUGGACAAAGGCAUGAAGUACAUGGUAGGAAAAGACUGGAGGGACUUCUUUGACGUCGUCAUUGUUCAAGCUGAAAAGCCGCACUUUUUUAACGACUGUGUGAAGCCUUUCAGACGAUUGGAUAGUAAUGGUGACCUCCAGUGGGAUAAGAUUAAGAGUUUGGACAAGGGGCAGAUCUACAAGCAGGGAAACCUGGUGGAUUUUCUGAAGCUCACAGGCUGGCGAGGAUCCAAGGUGCUCUAUUUCGGGGACCAUCUUUACAGCGACUUGGCUGACUUGAUGCUACGUCAUGGCUGGAGGACUGGUGCGAUUGUCCCUGAGCUGGAGGUCGAGACGAAGGUGGUGAACACAGAGCAGUACGCUCAGAGUCUCACCUGGCUGCAGGCUCUCACUGGUCUUUUGGAGCGCAUGCAGCUGUAUCGAGAUCCCGAGUCAAAGAAAGUGCUUCAGGACUGGCUGAAAGAGAGAGAGGAGCUUCGGGCUGUCACCAAAAACCUGUUCAACCCCCAGUUCGGCAGCAUCUUUCGUACGUGCCACAACCCCACCUACUUCUCCCGCCGUCUGUGCCGCUUCUCUGACCUCUACAUGGCCUCUAUCAGCUGCCUGCUAAACUACGACCUCUCCUACACGUUCUACCCGCGCCGGACGCCGCUGCAGCACGAGGCCCCGCUCUGGAUGGACCAGCUCUGCACCGGCUGCAUGAAGACGCCGUUCCUGGAGGAGAUGGCUCACAUUCGCUAAACUGGCUGCUUGAGUCGCUGUUGCAUACCGCACAAGUUUGAACAAAGUUAUGGACGUUGUACUGCUUACAGACAGAAGUUCUGUGAGCGUCUGGUGAGAUCAGGGUUGUGUCAUGAAUACGAGUGCUGGGAACAGAAGAAAAUCUCACACAAACGAAUACUGCCGACUGACCUUCAGUAGAGGUUGCUGUGUAGAGUUAGUGUUACAGUAUAUGAUGAUGUAGUUAGGGGACGGUGAUGGGGCUUUUGCAAUUUAAUUUAGUGUGCUGGACAAAACUGCACCAACCUUUUGGAACUUCUGUUACGUUACAUUCUCAGUGUUUACAGGCGUUGGUUACAGGAUGGAUGGUGUAACUCGUUGAAGGAAUUGAAACCUGCAACUGAAGAAAGCUGCAAGUGUUUUGCUCGUGUUUGCAAACGCAUUGUUCUCUAACCUGGAAAGCUGUGGACAAUGGCUAUAGUAUGAUGGUAGCAUUGGCUAAUGUUUUGUUUACCUCUUUUAUCCUUUUUUUAUUACUUUGUAAGGUACCUUUUGUAAUACAAGGGCAUGUGGAGCAUUUAUAAUGUGGGUCAAGUAAAGUGAAGGAAGCGAACAGAGCUUUUGUUUUAAGGGAAUGUGAGGAAUUCUGUACACUCACAUUAUAUGAAAUGUGGUGAUCUUUGUGUUUUCUCCAAAGUGAGGAAUAAAUGUGGCCCUGAAAGGUAUGAACAGACAUCUGUUCUCAUUUUGAUAAUCAUUGCAGUGCUUUGGUUUGUCAAUCUCAAUAAAUAAACAAACAAAUACUAA